AUGGUUGGAGAGAUGCCCCAGGUUUAUUUCGAAACCUCAUUUAUAUGUUAUGAAAAGGUGUCACUAAAUGCAUCAUUUGUAGGAGUAGAAGUGACUGAAGCUGGUUCUUUGCCUCAUCAUUACACGCAUACUCUGCCAUCCGAUGCACUGGAAGCAGUGCGCGCGUGUUUACUGCGCGAAGUUGGAACAACAGAUUUCGCGUCUUCCCUCUAUGCAAUCGUAGCCAGGGGAGCAUCCUUGUCACAAGUAUCACUACAGGUAUUUCUGCUUCUUGUCGCGAGGUUUGAUAUGGAAGACAUCUACAAGUUAGUGCAAAGUGCCGAAAGGUCCCGUCUUGGGACACUGUAUGACGUUAUCGAAAGUACACGACUGGUAGUAGAGAACGCGCUUAGCACUCGAAUCCAGGAGAAUUUGCUCUUGGCAAAGAUCAAAGAGCUUGAGGGGCAAGUAAACUCCCUCAAGCAGAUGUGCAAGCGCAAUGGCGCAGCGACUCACGAAACAUCGGGAACAAUUUUUGCCUACGAAAAUCUGAAAGGACAUCACGUGAUCAAAUAUGGUUCUCCAUUUAAGGAAGCAGUCCUGAACGAUAUUCUAAGGGCAUACGCCCCGACAAACAGAGUGAAACACAAAACAUGCCUUGUCAUCACGGAGUUCCUGCGCACAGUAUUCAAACAGAUUUGCGCACCGGAUCCAUCCGACAUUUGGAAUUAUGCUCAUCGGACUUCCAACAUAUCCCUCAAACAAGAUUUGAUCGACUUGCCGGAAUCUUUGAUUAUAACACUCACGGACUUUGUGCUGGAUGCACUGGAUCUAGGCUGGCGAGACCUGCAAGGGCACAGGCUUAAUGCUCUGAGAAGUUCUCGUGAUAGCUGGUGGCUAUCGUUAGGCGAAACUGACGACGAACGCGACAAAAAGUUCAACAGCCUCCUUGAGAAAAAGUCGUACUGGAGUACUCAAACUGGACUUUGCAUUUCCGAAGCGCUUGAAGACAUAAGAUACUAUCGUCUUGAUGAAGGAAAACUGGUUCCGUCAAAGAAAUUCAAAUCAGUGCAGCGCGGAUUCGGAAGAGAAGAUAAAGCGCAAAUGUCAAAACAGGAAUGGAGAAGAUUGGCACUUUACAUGAGGGAACCACUCCGUCCGCAAGCUUCCUGCUGAGCCAACAAAAUAUUGCGCUCAUUUUUCAUCUCUACUGGUAUUAUAUCUACCGCCUCAUAUGAUUGUUCUUCUCUUUCUGUUG